AUGCCUCUUUUGCUGCCAGACCCCAAUCUCGGCAACGUUAGUGACUGGUCACACAGCACCAUUUUCACAACAACUCGCUCCACAUUCGAAUCAACCGACGUGCCGCCGCUCACGAGUCUGUGGAAACCCCCAGGUGGCUGCGCCGAUAAAUGGGUGGCCGGAAAUAUAACCUUUGAUAUAACUUACGUUGAGCCAAGAAGCAAACCUGAUGGAACAAGUUACCAGACACCCGUCGAGAGGGAUGUGACCUCGUCGGCAGACCCACGAACCGGCUUCGCCCCUCUCAGCACGACUUCAGAGGGCCUACGAGACGUAUUCACGGUCUCUUUCGUCGCUUUCAGUACGAACCCAGGGAAUCCACCCGUUGGAAGGCUGUUCGACCCCUCGUACAGCGCAUGCCAGCCCUAUGGUCACGCAUCAAAAUAUAGCCCGGGAAUCUGUCCCGACGGCCAGACUGUCGCCGAAGUAACGGAAUAUCAAUAUAGCAGGACAUCUGGCAGUGUCGAAACCUCCUUCGAGGCAAGCUGCUGCAGAAGUAGCUUGACAUUUCGUCGGGAGUGGAGAGGAGAAUGUAUUGGUAACAUCACUACCCCCUUCGAAAUCUACGCACCCUUCACGACGACCUUGGCGGAUCAACCCGAAACUGUGAUAGUCACAUACGAAUACACUGCGCGAAUAUUUAUGGCUAGCAGUUACGGGACCGAUGGCUACUCUACCGCUGCAUUUUCGCAUAUGACGACUGUCACGGCUGGAUUGAUAGCGGCCGACCCCAUCGUAGUUGCCUGGCAAAAGAAAGACCUAUCGGUAUUCCCCACGGAGUACGUAUCAUCACUACAGCAAAAGUUCAGUGUGACUUGGGUUCCUUCACCGACACCGGCGAGCACGUCCGCUCUACCCCAGCAAACCAACCCACCUUCCAACGACUUGGGUACUGGAGCAAAGGCAGGCAUAAGCAUUGGAGCGGUUCUUGGCGUAGCUGGGCUGGUAACCGCGAUAAUACUGCUCCUGAUUAGGGGAAGACGGAAGGGCAGGGUCACAGCGCCAAAUGAUGAGAGUGGGGGCUUUCCGGAGAUGGAGGACUAG